AUGGCCUGGCUGUGCCUUUCUGUUAUUCAAGUGUCUCAGAAAGUGUUAGAGGUGACAGGGCUCUGCCUCACUGGAGAGAGCUUAACCUUGGUGUUGGCUGUGGAAGUCAAAGCUGUGGCAGCAUAUGACUUCACUCUUCCAGUUAAUAUUCCUCGGGCUCACUCCCCAUUGCCACAGCCCAGCUCUGCGUCUACAACUUCUAUUCGAUCUGGAAAGCACAUCCUUGCUCCUCUGCCACAGGUGGUGACUGUGGCUGUUCCAUUCUGUAGAGUUAAAGCAGUCGUACUUAAAUCACCAUUGGAAUUCUCCUCAAUGGAACUUAAAUUUUCACAACAUUCAAGCAGCAUACGUUUCAGUGUUGCUGAUGAAAGUCUGAAUUCUCAGAAGCUUGACCUGAAGAAUAUCUCAAGGCAGCGAUUGUCAUGGAAAUUGAAUUGUGAUGAUGCAGGCAAAAAUACGGAAGAUGGUAUAUUUAAAUUUAGUCUUCACACUGGAUUUCUUGAUCCAGGACAAAAAGUCAGUAUUGUUGUACUCUUCUGCCCUUCUUGUCCUGGCACAUAUACAUCUGAAAUGUCAGUAUGUCUAAAUGAUAAUCCAUCGCAUUACAAAAUAACAUUGACUGGCACUGUGAAGUCACCAAAAAUCAAUUUUGAUCCUCCCUUUUUAAUGCUGAUGCCAGUUCCUCUGGAUGUGAAAACUGAAGCAGCUAUCAAUAUCAUUCCACAAGAUUACUUAAGGCAAUCACAAAUUCAAGUUGAGCUUCCAGAGCUUGAACCUGAAGGUGAUGACUGGAUUUACCCUUUUACUGUACAGUUCCCAGAAGGACAAGAUAUUUUUGUUUCAUCAGAUGGCACAAAUAAGAAGCUAAUUUGUCAUAUCAGCUUCAGAUCAUCUACGCCAGUGUCAUUUUCAGGGAGUAUAUUCUUCAUUGAUGAAGAAGAAAACAGGUUUCCAAUUCAAGUUGCUGCAGCAGCAGAGAAUUGCCUUCUUACUUUAUACCCAUAUUUGGCACUUCACGGCUCUGAUCAACAAGUGAUCUUGAAAAGCAACAGUAAAGACUGCAAUAGUGGAGAAGUCAUUCUGCAUCCAUGUUAUAAGCUGCAAUCACUUUCCAGUAGUGUUUCCUCAAGUUCCUUUGGUGCAACUUUUGAAUCAGGCUAUGAAGAUUCUCAAUCAGAGUCAUAUUCUACUUUUGAAAGUGAGAGUGAUGAAAGCAAGAGUGAAGAGAGUGAAGCUGACAGUCAAAGUGAUGGGAGAGAAAAUAAAUUUGAAUUAUCAUUUUUUCCUGGAGAGCACAAAAAGGAAUACAUCUUCUUUCAGAAAACCGUAACUGCAGUUAAGAAUUGGUUCACUCUCUUUGGUUGGUCUAAGGGACAAAAUCCUAUUUCAAUACCACGUUCACUAAGACGUGAUGUAUGUAAAGUCCAGAUGAGCGCUUCGAAAGAAAAGACUUUUAAACAAAACCUUGGCAAAGAUACUGUUUACGACAUGUUAUUCCAUCUGAGUGGACUGUUGUUACCAGGCAUUACAGAGAGCCAGUCAUUGCCCCGUGAUCCAGUUGAACGAAUGUUACAGUGCCACCAGCAGCAUUCCACGUUGCUUGCUUUCCUUAAAAGCCAAGGAGCAUAUCUUCCUCAUGUUUUGCCAGAAUUUCUGCUUGAACCUGAUGAUUAUAAGAAAUGGAUUGAAGUGCAAACUACACUGAAGGGUCACACAUCUGAGGUGAAAAAAGAUGUGAAAAACUCAGACAUAUUUAGUGACAAGCAUCUAUUCAUUCUGGAGGACAGCAUAUUUGAGACAAUGAGCAAACGAUCUUGGACAGAUGUGCUACUGCAGACAUACAAGGUGUUUGUUCUUCCACGUGUUUCUUCAUGUAAUAUCACUGAUCAGUUCAACUUGGAAAGCGUGCAGAACAUGCCAAGGAUAGAAUCAGGACCUUUAUCCAGUAAUAUAUAUUCUCCAAAUGAACGAGCCAUCCUCACCUGGUUGAAUAAACAUUAUGAAAAGAAUCGAAAGACUGUGUGGAAAGAUUGUCAAAAAGGUGAAGUACCACCAAUGAGAUGGAUAGUAAAUUUUGACCGAGAUCUUUUAGAUGGUCUGGUAUUGGCAGCACAGUUGGCAGCCUAUUGUCCAUAUUUGAUUCCUACUCACUUUGUAAGGAUGUAUACUAAUCCAAGAACUCCUGCAGAGUUACUGCACAACUGUUUGAUACUUGUGAAUGCUAUGCAUGCUGUCAGUCUGGCUAUAGACAUAAAG